CCUUCUCUUUGAACUUCCCACCACCAAGGAGAGAAGAAGAGUCCAUUCAAAAGAACAAGAAGAAAAGCAGAGAAGAGAGAUGAAGAACUUCAGCUAUGCAGACAUCAUAGCCGCCACCAAAGGCUUCUCUCUCGGGCAGCUAAUUGGGAAGGGAAGCCAUGGGAGUGUCUACAAAGGCAAGCUCAAAGAUGGAAAGCUCGUAGCAGUGAAGAAGCCACUGGAAGGGGUCCGAUCUCUUGGAGAUCAUGACCCAAAACUAAGCAACGAGAUCGACAUACUUUCAUCCAUAAAGAAUUCAAGCGUCGUCAAUCUAAUAGGAGUCUGUCACGGUCCAGCAAACAAGUUUCUCAUCAUGGAGUUCAUGCCCAACGGCUCGCUUCAUGACCUCCUCCACCUCCAUCCAGAGCCGCCACCUUGGCCUCGGCGUACCGUCAUGGCUAUCCAGAUCGCCCGUGCCGUUCUCUCACUCCACGAGGCGAAGCCUCCCAUCAUCCACCGAGAUAUCAAGUCGGCUAACAUUUUGUUAGACCGUAACUGGAACGCGAGGCUCGCCGACUUCGGCCUUGCUGUCAGUGACGAUAGCCUGCAGCCGCCAGUUUCCACGGUACCGGCAGGAACAAUAGGGUACAUGGAUCCAUGUUAUACUGAAUCGGGACAGUUGGGUCCAAAGAGUGAUGUGUUCAGCUUUGGAGUGGUGUUGUUGGAGCUCAUGAGCUCUAGGAAGGUGAUGGACAUGGACAGCGAUCCUUCUUCGAUCGUCGCAUGGGCUGUGCCGAUGAUCCGAGCUCGUCGGGUGGUGGAAGUUUGUGAUCGGAGGGUGGCAUUGCCCGAUGGCAUGCUGAGGCCAAUCGAUCGGAUGCUAAGUAUUGCAGUGCGGUGCGUUUCAGAGAAUGUGGAGAGGAGGCCAUUGAUGGGGGAGGUUGUAAGGGAGUUGGAGAGGGUGGUGGAAGGUCUAUGGUGGCCAAUUUGGGGUCCUAUAAGGAGAGGGAUCACCGAUAGAGUCCAUAGAUGUGUUCGAGCUUGGAGGAGGUGUGUGAAGAAGAGGGUGACAACGACAAAGAUCGCCUGCAAGGACCACUUGAUUGACGGUGGGAACCAUGAUUGCAGUGAUGAUGGAGUGAGUCCAAGAAGGAAGGCAUGACGAAGGCUGCAGUCCAAGUAAGAAGGGGCCAGGGGAAGGUAAGGCUUUGUGAAGUGGGGGGGGAGGCUCGUGUCCUUCUGUUACAUGGUGAAGUCAUUUCCCGCGAGGUUGUCUCCCAAAUGUCGCAUUAAUUCGUGCCUUUAAUUUAAUUUGAUUUAUUUUUUAAAUUUCUUUUCUCGUUGCUAGUUGUUGUACAAGGGCGGGUUCACAGGGAGAAAAUAACAAAAACAGGGAUUCCGUGGAGAGGAGGACAUGUUGCGCCCUGUUUAAAGGCCCUUCCACUAAGGGAGCAGUCCAAACUGGAGAAAAGGAUUUCCUUUUCUGGUUGUUGGGGGGUGCAAAAAUAGGAGUGAUGUGAGUGAGGUUAUUGUGAUGGAGCUCAGCAAGAUGUUGUCGAGUAUAGAGAUCAUGGUGUCCCUUCGAUAUCAGACUGAUUCCAAUGACGUCGAAGGAUAUACUUUGUCAUCGUCAUUUAUGAAUACAAAUCUCAUGGCAUUUGUUACCUUACAGUAGAUUAUGUUUGUCUUGAUUCAAAAGAUGAUCUU